AGUUUUCGACCGCCUUCGUUAUUGUGAUUAAAAAUUUUUUCGGUCCGUCUCCGUUGUUUAUGCGCUUGUUUGCUUUUCACCCCGUGUGGAGUGUGUGUGGACCAUAUCGUGAUUCUCCCUACAACACAAUAUAUAUGUAUUCAUGUGUCUUUAAUAAAAAGGGUGAACUACAUUUGUAAUUUAGUCCAUUUAUUUAUACGUUUACCCAUAAAAUUGCGGUGUUUUGACUGUUCAGUGAUUCUUCGGCGUCUUAGAAACGUAACGGAAAACCGAAGUUUUCGAACAGGAAAAUGAGCGAAGAAGAACAACUUCCGACCGGAUGGGAGAAGCGAGUGAGCCGAUCUACUGGUCAAACCUAUUAUUUAAACUUAUUAACUAAAGAAAGCCAAUGGUCUGUACCAACAAAACCAGCAUCUGAAAAUACAGCUUCAACAAAUUCUGGUCCCGAACAAGUGCAAUGUAGUCAUUUAUUGGUUAAACAUGAAAAAUCACGCCGACCUUCAUCGUGGCGGGAAGAACGUAUUACUAGAUCAAAAUCUGAAGCAAUUGACAUCAUAAAAUCUUAUCGCGAACAAAUUGUUUCUGGCAAAGCAUCAUUUGCUGAACUUGCCCAGAAAUAUUCAGAUUGUAGUUCAGCCAAACGUGGUGGUGAUUUGGGACCAUUUACUAGAGGCACAAUGCAAAAGCCAUUCGAAGAUGCAUCAUUUGCAUUAAAAAUUGGAGAGCUCAGCGAACCUAUACAUACUGAUUCUGGUGUACACAUAAUUUUACGUACAGCUUAGAUUAUGAAUAAUUGUUUUCUUUUAUAAUUCAAACUUUUACCUUUCUAAUUUAUUGUUUAUUUCUGAGACACAAUAAUAUUAUGUAUUGGUUGCCUUAUUUAAUAUUGAUUGCCAUUUAUAAAUAUUUUGUUUUUUAUUUUAUUUUUUCAACUGCAAUAAUUGUUUCUCCGGUAAAAAUAAUUAUAACAAUACAAACAAAAAUUUAGAACAGUUAUAGUUACUAUAUAUUUAUGACAGUUUUUAAAUAUUAUGCUGCUUAUAUUUUUUUGUAUUUUUUUUUGUUUCUAGAACAAUAUUGUGAUAUUUAAAAUUAUGUUUUCUCAUCCAAACUGUCCGUUUCAUAAUCAUUUAUAUUCCCAUUUGGUAAAUGUUUCAUAUUUUAAUCAAAUUUUCUUCGUGCUAUCAUAUAAACCAACUGUUAAACUGUAAUACAUUUUUAUAUUACAGUUUUUUUAAAUUUCUAUAAUAUAUUUAAACACCUUAUUUGGCUGUUGUAUACUUUUGACUAUUGUCAAUCAUAAUUUGUUGCCAUAGUUAUGGUUGCUAAUUUUAUCAAAAUAUUAUUUCACUUUCUUUUUGGCAUACUUGUGGAAUUAUCAUUGUUUUAAAUAUUUUGUUUAGACAUUAAAUUAAUCAACUCGUC